AUGAAUAAAAGUAAAUCAUAUAGUCAAUUGAAAAACGUUAAUUUCAAUCAAUCCAAUCGACUGAUCAAGGCCAGAAAGCUAACCCAUUCUACUAAUCACAACCGAGCUCUUAUUCUAAAAAAUUUUUCAGUCAAUACAUCUACCGACUCCAUUAUUAGUCAAAUAACCUGUGGACCGUUGGAGAAAUUGAACUAUAGACACCACCCGGCCAAUCCGACGUUGGAAAUACACUUUGUUCUUUCAGAAGGUGCUCGUAAAUUCUACAACUAUUGUACCACCACCGGGUUUGUCGUGGUUGAUGGGAAGAGGCUAGAAGUCGAAUGGGCCAACGAGUCCAACACCGAAGACACCACUGGUAGUAUGGGGGUCCCCAAGUAUCUAUUCAAUGAAAUAGUUCACGGAUCGGCUAGAAGAGUCUUGAUUUGUCUGAAAAUAGUCCCCGACAAGCCUUUGAAUCAUCUGUCCUUAACUGAUUUCCCUAAUCCCGAGCUGCAUCUAUCCAAAGACUUUGAUAUCGAUUUGAUCAAGCAUGACUUUAGUAAAUACGGUGAAAUAGUCGAAUUUGGAGCAGUCAUUUCUAGAAAACUCUGUUUUAGUAUUCAUUUCACCGAUAUCAGGUCUGCAAUCUUGGCUAAAACCGACUUGGAAAACAAAGACUCCAUGAUGAAUGCAAAAUAUCACGACUGGUUCUUCUGGUAUGGCAAAGAUCCCACAGAUAAACCUUGUUACCAUCUUUAACCAUGCUUUCGCUUAAUACCUUGUUUCGUAAAUUCUUUCUGUUAUACUUGAUAUCUUAUAGACUUUACAAUUAACUUUCUUUGCUUCCACCACCCGUAGUCUUCCAACGACCCCCAGUCUUCCCACGUCUUUGACCAUGC